UGGUGGAACCCCUACAAGGGAAUGUGAAAGCGCUGUAGCUGUUGUUGGGUGGAACUUGUCUCCGCGAGUUGCAGAAUUAUGUUACUUUGGUGAUGAACUCAAGUAUUUAAACCUUCGCUCUCACUAUAAUUUUUUUGGGUGGAACAAUUUAGUCUUAGUUUCCGUCCAUUUAUUCGGCGUCAGUAUGUCGAUGCAGAAGUGUCCUGAUUGUGGGUCCUCUGAGAUAGUGGAAGAUGCUCACUACGCCCAGGAUCAGAUGGUGUGUGCCGACUGCGGCUACGUCCUUACCGAGGGUCUGCUUACCACUACACAGAAUGAAGAAGUCUAUAUGCAAGCUGUAAGAUUUUCAGAGAGCACAGGCGAGAAUGCAUCCAUGAGUAAGAGCUUGUUGAUUGGUCUAAAGCGUGUACGAGAUCUCUGCAAAGUCCUGAGGCUCCCCUUGGGUUGUGAAGACACUGCAGUGUCCUAUUAUGAGAGAGCAUUUGUUCACCCUACGUAUCACUUUGUCACACUCCAGAAGAAGGCGGCGGUGAUGGGAUGCUGUGUCUACAUUACCUGCAGACAACAUGGCUGGCCUCUCACAAUGGCUACUAUCUGCUCACUGAUGUAUGUCAAUAAAGAAUUGUUUUCUGGAAUCUUUCGAGACUUGAUACAAGAUUUAAAGCUAGAUGUGCCAGCUCUAAGCCUCCAGGACAUGGUGAGGAAUCACUGUAAAAGUUUCAGACUUUUCGAUGACUUUCCAUAUACUCCUCCUGGUUUUGCAGAGAAUCUGGACAAGGUUAUAGAAAGAACUUUGCAGGUUGUGGAACUUGCCAGUGAUACAUGGCUUGUGACCGGACGUCAACCUAUUCCCAUUAUAACUGCUGCUGCAUACCUAUCUUGGCGGUCAUUAAACCCUUCCUGCCGCAUGUCCUGCAGCAUCAACCAGUUUUGCAAGUUGUCUGAAACAGAAUUGCCACCACCAGCAAAGAAGAGGAAGAAAGAGAUUGAGGAUAAUUUGCUGAAACUGGCCAUUCACCUGCCUUGGUUGAAAGUAUUGUCUGUAAACAAGAAAAAUGUGGUGCAGCACUUGGGUGACAUACUGAAGCAUCGUGUGUACCUUCUCAGACAGACUCUGACUGCGGCAGAAAAAUCUGCCACAGAGACAAAGACAUUAACUAUGGAUACAGAGGAAUCGACUACCAGCACAGGAACCCCUUCUCCUGCACAUCAACAUAAAGAGACUCCUGUUAUGCCUUUCCUUCCACCAUGCCUCACAGAAAAGAGAAAAUAUGUUAAGGCAUUUUCCAAAGGUCCUCAAGACAUCACAGGUGAUGAGGACAUCUCAGACAGUGAAAUAGAGCAGUACUUGCGAACACAGGCUGAAGUUGAUACAUUCCUACAGGUCAAGGAUGCAAUGGUAAAGCCGCAAAAGAUUCCGAAACUAUAAAAGGAAGAUCAGGCAAUAGGUUGGCACUAAAAUAACGAUACAGUUUAGGUGUCUUUGGUACUGCUAAGCCCUUCGAUGGUUGGGUAACCAACAGUAAAUUGCAGAACACUGGAUUUCUAGGACUAAAGAAAAUAUAAAAUGAAGGCAUUAAAUAAACAAUAGAAAUCAUGAUGUUUGUGUCUUUAGUGAAACAAAGACCAAUAUGCUGCUAAAGUAGUUUUUAAAUAGAGAACCAUUAAUUAAGAGUUAUUUUUAUAUAGUUUAUGUUGAUUGUAAUAGAGGAAAUAUGUUUAAUGUAAAAUCCUGAAAAUUAGUUAAUCCUGUCCUGUUAAUCUAAACGUACGGAGCGUCAUUAAACAUCUUGUUACACCGCAAAAAUAGACACAAAUAUAGAAUCGUACAAAAUAAAUGUUUUUUUGUAUUUUU